AUACGUUUUUUUUAAGGAAAUUAAUACGGAGUCCACAAAGUAGAUCGUGAGAAAUGCAAAUAAGCAUAUACUUGGAAGCCAGAUGAUCCGUUUUUCUCUCUUGCUCGGUCAACGUACAACCCGGCGACGAACACGCGUCACUUACAAUCACCUCGAACCGCUGUUUAUAAUGGUUUACACGCCUCUUUAACUCUUUUCUAAAUUUCCCAAAAAAAAGAAGAGCGAAAGACUUAUAAUGGCGAUGGAAGUAGCAACUCCGGUUCAUGCACCGGCGCCAUCUCCGGCGACCAACCUCAUUGUCUCAGCAACAACAACCGCCGUGGAAACUCAUAAGAAGAACAGGAUUCAAGUUUCUAACACUAAGAAACCAUUGUUCUUCUACGUUAAUCUCGCCAAGAGGUACAUUCAACAGCACAACGAGGUCGAGCUUUCUGCACUUGGAAUGGCGAUCACAACAGUGGUAACUAUCUCAGAAAUUUUGAAGAACAAUGGACUUGCAACAGAGAAGAAAGUUCUGACAUCAACAGUGGGAAUGAAGGACGAGAACAAAGGGAGAGUAGUUCAGAAGGCCAAGAUUGAGAUUGUAUUGGGGAAAUCAGACAAAUUCGAUUCUCUAAUGACUCCGGUGACCAAAGAUACGGUGAAGGAGGAGAAGGCGGUGAACACAGAGGAGGAACCAAUAGAAACUGAAGUUAAACCUGAAGGCAAGGAGGAGUGACCAUGUAAACAAAUUUCUACAGGUUUCGAGGAUUAAUAUAAGUUUCUCUGCAUAACGAGCAAACUCUUUUUGCUUCAUUACCAACUCAAAAAACAUAUCAAAAAAGUUGUGGUCUUGUGGAAAGAUAAUCAAAUGUUGUGUCGAUGAUUAUUUUACUCUUCCUCCUUGCUGAACAAUAUAACAAUGCUUUAAAAAGAAAACAAUGUUUUCUUGAGUUUAUAUCAUAUCUACCUAGGUUUGCAAAAAGAAAAUUUUCACGAGAUAUCUAAGUAGGCCUUGAAAGGCCUAUCUCUCAUAUAAGGGCCCAUUUUAGUAGGCCUCUGAGAUAAAUAUUACUGUUGAGGACUUGGGUUGCGAUACAGUGAAAUAUUCAAAUAUAGUUCAUGCACCGUUGCAAACUUGCAUACUUUUUCGAUCAACAUGAUGGUGUUAUUGUUGUAGCUUCUAAGUUGGAGAAGGUUUCGCUCAAGGUGCAAAACGCAUGAGUUUUCUUCAAAGUAUAUGAAAUUUAACGAUUUUAACACGGAUGGUUACACAAUUAUAAACCACUUAUGACUUAAUUACAAUCAUGAAACCAAUUAAUCAAAUUUAUGAUCAUUUAGCUCUUCGUUUAGGAGUCCACGUCUUAAAAUAUAUAGAGUGCGUUUAAAUUUAUGAAUUCAAGUCUCGAUGUUGGAAAGAUGUCUUUGACUGUCCUUGACUUCCAAGGACAUUUUAAACCGGAGCUUCUAGCUCUAGUGGUAAAGAGCUUACAGCUGUGAGUACCGCCACCUGAGUUCGAAUUCCGGUCACUGGGGAAUUAACAUUUCGGCAUUGCCAGUGACAGAGGACCGACACGUGGCAACACGUGACUAGUCUGGACCACUUCUGUGGGGCCAGGAUACCUCUGUAUAAUUCAAAGAAAAAAAGACCAAAAUAAAUGUCAAGAGAGGGGAGAAGAAGAGGUGGAAAAACGGCACGAAGUUUGGAGGCGAAACAGAUGGAUAGAGCGAUGUGUCAUUUAACGUCCUUGAAUUUCAUAAAAAUGGAAAUGAAGAUGUGACGUUUCAUUGGAAGAGGGAAAAAGCUUCACCUAAACCAAACAUGGCAUGUGAGUUUAAUGUCUUUUCUCUUUUUUUUUUUUUUAUCUUUCUUUUUCACCGAACUUAGUCACAUGCUCCCUCUAUCAUAACCUCUAAUUUCUUAUAGAACAUAAGAGUUUUCUAAUUAUUCUUGUGAAUAGGUAGGCAUGGUUAUCAAAAAACGAUGAAAGAUCUUUAGUUUAUUUUCUACUUAUAUUUGUGAUUAUGUUUCAAAGGAUAGAAACUGUAUCUGUAGAGCUUUUUGGUUUGCUAUUUAGUUAGUUACUAUAUUUGUAAAAAUAAGAUGGAUUUUUAGCUUUUUAGGAUAAAAGUUACAAAACUGAUUGAAUGAUUGACGAAAUUUUGACUUUUAAAGCCUAAUAGUUAAAAUAUUUAUCACUACUAUUAGGCACAUGUUCUAUUUAUUUACUGAAAUAAAAGAUAGCGUCGAAUGGUUGAGUUUUUUUUUUCGAAUGGUUGAGUUUUUUUUUCGAAUGGUUGAGUUUUUUUUUUCGAAUGGUUGAGUUUUUUUUUUCGAAUGGUUGAGUAUUUGAAGAAAUAUAGACAAAUUGAAACUCAAUGAAGGGAUGGGAGAAAAAUCUAUAGAGGUGUGAAGAGGAGAGGAUUGGGUUGAAAAGUAGGGUCUGUUUCCUUGUGGAGAUCAUAAUUAUUUGGAUGCCACUCUGCUAAUCAUUAAUGCCUUCAUACCCACCCACAUGUUCCCUCUACAUGUAAUUCCAGUCAAUUUUGUUGGACAAAACCCAAACACAAAGCAAUAUCAAUGGUAAGCUAACCACUAUUCUCAAAUCAUUGUUUCUUAAGUCGUUCACUUCUCUUUUUGGAUCUCUUUUUUUAUGAUUGCCAUUACCAAUUGCUUGUCCUUGACCCUUUACAUCAUGUCUAUGCCAGUUUGGUUCAAGUCAUAUAUUUGCUUGCUUUCAAUUUAUCGACAUAAGUUUGUAAAAGCUACAAGCACGACCAAAAUAACAUAAAUUUUGUCGACGGUGACAAUACUGAAAAGUUGAAAGUCCAGAGUAACCUGCUGGAGGUCAAUGUUACUAGUAUUUCUUUUCUUUUUUGUCAACCUGUUACUAGUAUUUCACAUUGCGCUUUUAAUUAAUCCAAAUCAAAAGAUAUUGCAAACAAGAUUUCGAUGUUGGGACUAGUGCCAUUGGAUAACUUUCGUUUAUAUAUGUAGUAGUAGUAGUAUUAUUUUGUUAUAUUUUUGAGGAAUCUUAUUCUACAACAUUAACUUUUAAAGAGGAGUCUUGUCGCUAAAAACAAAGAAAAAGAAGAGUCUUGUCAACCACCUUAUUGCAAAUUUUGAGGGUUGGAUUGGACAUGGCUUUCAGAGAUCAUGUGAGCUUUUGGGACCCAAUUUCUUAAUUAUUGAUUCUCCAUUUCUCACAUAUAUAAAUGUUUUUGUAAUUAAAUUAUUGACAAAUAGCACCACAAUCCUUUGUGUCAUAAGAAUUCCAAUAUCAUAACAGAUUUUUUUCUUGUUACGAACGGUUAUGGUCAAACUAUAAGAGAACAGUCUUUCGUAUUAAUAAAUCUUGUGACAACAAAAGUGUUGUGAACAAAUGCAAAUCAAAACUUGAAAAGAAAAACAAAAAGUAAAAAUGAUUAAGGCAGAUAUUUGUUUAAAAUUUGUGAUUAUAUGAAUAAAUAACUUUACAAUCCGUUAGAUCCAUGUUUACAGCAGUUUAAAAACUUGAUUUUUUCUUUUUUUUUGAGAAUACAUACUUUACUGGUGUACUAAGAUUAAAUACUUUUAGAUGUGUCAAGAAAGAUAAAAGUUAGAAUAAUAUGUUGGUCAAGUUAGUCCAUUUAUAUUCGGUAUAACGCCAUCCUUGGCUAUUGCCGCUGCAUCACAUUAACUGGAAACUAAUGAUCAAACCCGUAUGUUGUGGCCAACCAAAUCUUGUAGAAUGGGUCAAAUAACUAAAAAUGGACUAAUUUCAUACUCGAAAGUACCGUAUUCACCACUAUGGGCAACAACUUUCGGGAGCUCUAAAACAAGUAGCUGAAGCUUCAAAAGCUUCUUUUGUAUCCAAUUAUGAGUAAAGAAUGCAGGACUAGACCAAAUAAUAGCCACAAAGGUUUCCAUUUGUUAUAUUUCAUUUACAUAUUAUAUUACCUUCUACAUAUAUCAACGUUAAAUUAUAAAUCCUUAAACUAUAUGGUUUCAUCUUUAGUGUUCAGCUACUUUAUAAAAGCUGUUUCAACAAAAAGAAAAUAACUUUACAAUGAGCUAUCGUUUACAUAUUCGUCCAAAGCUGGCCGUACGGACAGGCCAACGAGAAGCCACUAAUGUAUAUGGAUUAAUGGUGUUUCAUUUCAUGCAUCAGAUACAUAUCUAAAGUUAGAUUCGCAUAUCUCAUUACAUACAAUUUAUUUCCUAUGUUUUUCUUUCCCCACGAAUUUUAUUAUGUCGUCCUACUUUCUGAAUUCAGAGCCUCUGAGCGGCGCCUCUCCUCUGCGACAUAAAGAGCGGAGCAGGUCGUCUUCUCCCGAUCUCCCUCCUCGGUGGGCCGUAUUUCUCACCGCCACCGGGGAUGGAUUCGCCUAGUCGUCUUCUAGCUUUGGUCUUGUUUUUUGUUUCUGUCAUGGGUCGUGAUGUGCAGAUCUGGAGGUUACUGUGACUCCCUAUCACCACAACGCGACCUAGCUUCACGUUUUGGAUAAGUCUUCUCCUUUCUCCCUUGCGGUUUA